UAAUAAAUACAAAUGUGUUUGAAAUUUCUUUGUGUUGGAUGCUGAAACUGGAAACUGGUUCACCUUGAAGUGCAGAGUAUUUUGAAACUAUUCUCAAUAUGUGACAUGUUUUCUGAUUGGAUAAAUGGUUGGAUUAUAAACACAUUAGAUAACACAUUUCAAUGAAACGUCAUGAUUUCUUUGAAUUACUUUAUACCAAGAGGUAGUAGAUCGUGAAAACGCCAAUAGUGCUAGCUCAAAAUGAAGGAGUUUUCCAUGGAGGGAGUUUAUGAAAACUCCAAUUCUCCAGUGGUCAUGGAAGGCUACUACCACGUGACCUCCAGUUUGCCAAAGGUCAUUGUCACAGAGGUCAAAGGGUCAGAUCUUGUGCCCUUGAGGGAACGACGCGACAAACAGCGACCAAUGAGUAGCUUUGACAAAAAGCGUCAGAGACGCGAAAAGCAUCUAAAGGCAUUGUUGAAACUACAAAUGUCCUCUGAACACAAACUCGAUGGCAUAAUGAAAGCCAUUUUGGAAUUGGCUACAAAUAGCUCGGAACUUUUUGAUAGGUCGCUGGUGGAAUUUUAUCAACAGAACCGUCCCAAGCCAGUUGAGCCUAUAGACUACGAGACUUAUGUCCUGAAGAACAAGGUUUUGCUGCACAAUGACCCACACAGAGAGCUGCUGGUGUUCCCGCAUGACGAUAUACUCACUCCUGCCCCUACGCCUGCCAAGAAGAUCCGUACCGUUCAUUCCACCGUCCCCAAGCUGACCAAUGAGAAUGCAGGGAACCUACUCGUCGAAGAGUGCCUGCGUACAUACACAGACACAUGUCACAUGAUACGCUUCAAGUACAGCAAAUACUCAGCCGGUUACCAACAGUUACCCAACACCAAGAAAGGAGAGUCCAUGGCUGAACAGAUCUUUGAGGUGGAUCAGGAGAUGGACGAAAGAGAUCAUGAAGACUCGAUCAGUCGUACCUACUCCAGUGCCAGUGUGUCCCAGAUCAUCACCAAGGCAGGCUGGUUGUACAAGGGGCCGGACAGCGGCAAGGACGCUAUCAUCAGCUUCACUAGGCAAAUGAAGCGUCGCUAUUUCUGCAUCAAGCAGCAAUCAGACCAGACGUACAGUCUGGAGUUUUUCAAGGAUGACAGGAAGUCCGAGGUCAAGGGGGUCAUCUUCCUGGACUGUGCACAGGAAGUUGUCAAGAACCCAAAGAAGGGCAAGCACUGUUUUGAGGUGCGUACUGCAGACAAGGCGUACCUGUUUGCUGCUGAGAAUGAGGCAGAGCUGGAUGACUGGAUCAAGACACUCAACAAAGUGAUCACCGCGGCGGAGACCCUCUCUCAGAUCUCCCUGGACAGAGUGAGGGAUGAUGCCUUUUCACCAGGCAAGAUGGAAGACAAACUGAUUGAAAACAAUGUUCAUCCUGAGCUCACAAAGUAUGCCAAGGAGACAGAUUCGUUUAUACAGAAGGCCAGGCAAGAUGGACGACAGAACCUCUUCAGUGUGUACGGUCACAUACCUCGCCACCUAGGUGAGGAGGAUCAUGAUGAUGUGGUGGGUGGGGAAGUGAACGUCUACCCAAAGCAGUUUGGAGCGAAGUUCAUGUUACGUCUGCUCGACUUCCACCUCAGACUUCAGGUGAACCUGGCGGAGGAGGGCCAUGGUAACAAACAGUGCAAUCCCGAGCCAUUUUUCCUCACAUUCACACUGUAUGACGUCCUAGAGGGCAGGAAGAUCUCGGAGGAUUUCCACAUGGAUCUGAACGACAAGGAGAUUGCUAACAUGAUCCAUACAGAUAAGACAGAGGGCAAGGGGCCGCCACCAGAUCUGAACGGGUUGGAGGAAAGUUGGCUGCUUUCUAAAAACAGACAGGGAAUCUUUUCUGUGAUACGCUGCCAUAGCGAGAUCUACAUGUAUGUGCGCAUAGAGAAAGUUCUUCAGGGACCCAUAUCGCAGGCGGUGGAGCCCUAUUUGAAAGGGGCUGACACUAAAACAGGCUCAAAGGUUUACAGACAGAUGAAACAGUUCUGUUCUCACAUUGGACACUUCAGGAUGCCGUUUGCGUGGUCCGCAAGGCCCCUUGCUACCAGUAACCCUGGCCCAUGUGAAAUGCCCAUCUACAAACAAGAGAGUUCCAAAUUGACGGAAGAGGAAAUAAUCAAGCACCUGCAAGACUUAAAACGGCCUGAAAAGCAGAGCAAGUGGCAGACCAUCCCGGGCACCCUGAGAGUCAGCCUCAGUCCACUCAAGGCGGAGCCAUUGACAAACACUGUGACCUCCUCCUAUGUGCCGGUGAAGCCGUUCCCGAUGCCACCUGCGGACCCAGUUGCCGUAGAAAUCGAAGAGUUUGUCCCAGACAAGGGCCAGUUCACCAGCCCCCAUGACUCCUAUACCAACAACCUGUAUGUGUACCCAGUCACAUUGAAGUACGAUGGUCAGAAGUCAUUCACUAAGGCUAGGAAUAUUGCCUGCUGUAUUGAGAUAAGAGACUCGGAUGAAGAUUUGAAUGGCCCCCCGCUCAAGCUGGUGUUCAGUCGACAUGGCAACUCUGUGUUCUCGUGUAGUGCCAGUACAACAGUGCUCCAUCAUAACCAGGCACCUGACUAUAUGGAGGAGGUGAAGAUUCUCCUGCCCCCUAUACUCCACGAGAAGCACCAUGUGUUGUUCCGGUUCUACCAUGUGAGCUGUGAGGGAUCAAAGGGGUCCGUGAAGAAACGGGGAGAUAUCGAGGUCCCUGUGGGGUACGCUUGGGUGCCCCUACUGCACUCCAGUGGCAGAGUUGAAGUUGGAGAGAAGACCAUUCCAGUUGCGACAAACUUACCUCACAGAUAUCUGUCUCACGACGGAUCCACACCUAGUCGCGCUUCGGCUUCCUCAGAGGUAAAGUGGGUGGAUAGUGCCAAGCCUUUGUUCAAAGUUCGGUUGCAGCUAAACUCCACUAUAUACACCAAGGAUCAGCAUCUACAUACGUUCUUCUUCCAUUGCCAGAAGAUGAUGGCCUCGGCUUCCACAGGGCCUGAUGAUCUUAAUAAACUCAAGGUUUUUGAGAAAUUGUCGAGCAUGCCUGGGUCUGUAGAGAUGCCAUACCUGGAGAACGCAGUCAAGUCCCUUCAUGCUGUGGACGUGAGCACGUACAUUCAGUUCCUACCCACAAUCCUCAACAUCCUCUUCAAGCUCAUUGCCAACACACAGAACGAGGGCAUUGCAAUGAACGCAGUGAGGGUGAUCAUCCACAUUGUGUCUGAGGUACAGGAGGCUGACAAGACUGAACUACUCGAAAAAUAUGUCAAGUACAUCUUCAAGGCUGAAUUUGGAUCCAAGGGCAGCUCACAGAACACAGUGCACGAGGAGCUGGCCAAGGGUCUCACCGCCAUACUGCGGCCUGUCAACGCCGACCAUGUGGUUGUCAUCAAGUUCUUCAACAAUUCCUGGUUCUUCUUUGAGGUUCUCGUCAAGAGCAUGACUCAGUUCUUGCUGAACGGAGACCGUUAUAAGAUGGCGCGCAAUGAGCGUUUCUCGAGUGACUUCCAGUUCAAGCUGCAAACUCUGAUACAAACCAUCACCCCCUACAUCACCAGCAAGUUCAAGGAGGCACCCAAGGAGACCAGGAACGCUAACUUCAGCCUCGCAUACUUUGUAAAGAUGUGCUUCUCUCUGAUGGACCGUGGAGUGGUCUUCCAAUUGAUAUCACAACAUCUGGCCACGUUUACGACCGUUGAACAUCGGGUACUUCAUGAGUACAAGUUUGAGUUCCUGCGUAUUGUCUGCAGUCAUGAACACUACAUCCCUCUGUCCCUGCCCCUCAUGAGGAAGGGUCUCAUCAAAACGUACAAAGAUAUCAAGCAAGAAGACCUGAAGAGUGACUACACACUGUCCGAGGAAUACCGUAAGACCCACUACCUGCCCGGUCUCCUGCUCCAAGAACUCAAGCUGGCUCUCAACGAGGCGAAGGAAACCAGGCGAUGUGCAAUCAGCGUCCUGCGAGACCAGUUCGCCAAACACGCCUUCGAUGAUCGGUACUUUGGGAAGAACCUGCAAGGCAGAAUAGCGGCUCUUUACCUGCCCCUUAUAUCUGUGCUACUGGACAACAAGCACCGCCUCGUGAAGUCAGACCCAGAGAAGACUCAGUCCCCCUCACAUGCUCCUUCAACACCCUCCCUCGUGAAUGGAGUGGAGGGAGGGUCAAAGGGGGAUGGGGUCAAAAAGGGCAGCACCCAGGGGUCAACAUCCUCUGGGUACACGCCCACGGCCCAGCCCAAGCCUCGAAGUGGUAUAUCUCUGCCACAGCCAGCAGAGCCGACCAAGAGGGACUCCUCUGUGUUUGACAUGAUAGCUGGAACUAAAAUUCCGUAUGGCAAAGGUCACCUAAAUGUGGAGGAUCUCAAGUCACAGAUUGCCGGGUCUUCAAGCUCCCUAAAUUCAAGCUCUGGGUCGUCUACAGACACAAAGACUGACUCAGGUUCCUUAAAGGAGCGAGGCAAAGGUCAUUCAAGACAGGGGUCAGGAAGCACGAUUAUCCCAGGUCAGGGCGGGGCCAAGUCUGGUAAGGCAUACCCCUAUCAGAAAUUGGACCACACAGAGAUAAAGGACCUUCUGAUAUGCCUGCUCCACAUCCUCAAGUACCUGCCUGAUGAGAUUCUGCUAGGCUGGUUCAACAAUUCAUCCGAAUACGACAUUGUGGACUUCUUCUCACUCCUAGAACUUUGCCUGGAGCAUUUCAAGUACCUGGGCAAGAAGAAGAUCAUCACAUUGAGCAUCAUAGGAGAGAGUAGCAUGGGACGUAAGGCCAACACCCUACCGGUCAACCGGCGCUCAGUCAUCCCCACAGCAAACGGCAGCCUGCCACCAACCAUGCGCAGUGUCAGCCAGUAUGGAGACUUCCCAAAUGAAGUGCCCAGCUAUCAUACAAGCAAGGACGCUGAAGUGACCACAUCGUCCGAGGCCGACGGGAUGAUGCGGGCGAUGUCAGAGGCCAACCUGGCCACUGAGACUGGAAUGAUCAUCUUAGAUGUGCUUGCUGUGUACACUGAGAAAUUCAGGGCUGACCUUGAGAGUCGCAAUGGUGAGAACACUUUGAUGGAGACAGUGUUCAGCCUGUACCUGUACUUCCUGAAGACCAGUCAGUCAGAGACCCUGCAGGGCCACGUGUUUGCUGUCUGGAGGAGCUUCAUUAAGAAGUUUCCCAAUGUCCUGUUCAGUGGGGAUGCUACCCUGUGUUCCAAACUCUGCUAUGAGGUGUUACGUUGCUGCAACUCACGGUUAAAGUCCACUCGGAAGGAAGCGUGCAUUCUGCUCUACAGUCUGAUGAAGGCCAAUUUUGAGUUCACGAAGAAAAAAUCCUUCACAAGAGUUCAUCUUCAGGUGAUCAUAUCUGUGGCUCAGUUGAUCGGCAAUGCCUUGACGCUUUCCAACUAUCGGUUCCAGGAAAGCCUAGCCCUCAUCAACAGCUAUGCCACCUCAGACAAAACUAUGAAUGUGUCAACUUUCUGGGCAGUUUUUGACCCAGCAUCACAGAAAACCAAGUUUUCUCACGAGGUGAAGGACCUGACAAAGCGUAUCAAGACUGUGUUAAUGGCCACGGCGCAGAUGAAGGAGCACGAACAAGAUCCAGAGAUGUUGAUAGAUCUCCAGUACAGCCUGGCCAACUCAUAUGCCAGCACGCCAGAGCUACGCAAGACUUGGCUCGAGUCCAUGGCCAGGAUCCAUGACAGAAAUGGCAACCAUUCAGAGGGGGCUCAUUGUUACAUCCACAUGGCAGCUUUGGUUGCAGAGUAUCUCAAGAAACGAGGAAAAAUUAGAUCAAGUGGAUUCCCGCAGGGCUGCACAGCGUUCAAGGUCAUCUCUCCUAAUGUGGAGAAAGAGGAGUCAGGCAUCAAGGACGACAGCGGCAUGCAGGAUGUGCAAUACACCGAGGAGACCCUAGUAACCUUCAUGGAGAAGGCUGCUGACUGUCUGCAGAAGGCGGAGAGGUUUGAGGUGCUGGGAGACGUGUACAAACUCAUCAUCCCCAUGUAUGAGCGCUCGCGGGAGUUUGAGAAACUGUCUCAAUGCUACCAGAUCCUUGCCAAUUCUUACACCAAGGUAGUCGAGGUGAUGUCGUCAGGGAGACGGUUGCUAGGGAAAUACUUCAGGGUGGCAUUCUUUGGCCAGAGUUUCUUUGAUGAAGAGGAUGGCAAGCAGUAUGUGUACAAGGAGCCAAAGGUGACCAGUCUAGCAGAGCUGUGUGAUCGUCUAAAGACUAUGUACGCGGGGAAGUUUGGGCAGGAAAAUGUGAAACUCAUCAUGGACUCAAAAACAGUGAACCCGAGUGAGUUGGAAACAAGGUUUGCGUACAUCCAGGUGACGCACGUGACCCCGUUCUUCAAGGAAAAGGAGCUUCAGCGCAGGCUGACAGACUUUGAAAAGAACAACAAUGUCUGUUGGUUCAUGUAUGAGACCCCGUUCACCAAGGGAAACAAGGCACAUGGGGAAAUACAUGAACAGUACAAGCGACGCACUGUCUUACGCACCUCACACAGUUUCCCAUUUGUGAAGAAGCGCAUUGAGGUGAGUGACAAGACAGAAUGUGUCCUGUCUCCUAUCGAGGUUGCGAUAGACGAGAUGAACGCAAAGGUCGCAGAUCUGCGUGAGGUUGUUGACCUUGCUCUGCCUGACAUGAAGAAACUACAGCUCAAACUGCAGGGCAGUGUCAGUACACAGGUAAACGCUGGACCGCUGGCGUAUGCUGAGGCCUUCCUGGCAGAAGACAAAAUUGCAAAUUACCCUCCUGACCGUGUUGAAACCUUGAAGUCCAUAUUCAGGGAUUUUGUGAGUGUAUGCAACGAUUCGCUAGAUCUGAAUGCCAAGUUGAUCACCACUGAACAGAAAGAGUACCAUGAAUCUCUCAAGGCUGGCUUCAAUGAGAUUGUUAAUAGGCUGUCAAAUAUGUUUGGAGAAACAAUUCUGACUAGGGAUCAAGAUGGCGGCCAGCGUGCUUCUAUGACUGUAUUCAACCUUGUGUCAACUACGGGAUCCAGUAUAGCUUGAUGAGAACUUCCUGUACAAAUGGUUCCCAGCGUGCUUCUUUGACAAAUGGUUCCCAGCGUGCUGCUUUGACUUUAUUGAACAUUAUGUCAACUACGGGAUCCAGUAUAGCUUGAUGAGAGCUUCCUGUAAAAAUGGUUCCCAGCGUGCUUCUACGACUGUAUUGAACAUUAUGUCACUUUCGGGAUCCAGUCUAGCUUGAUUAGAGCUUGCUGUAGAAAUGGUUCUCAGCGUGCUUCAUUGAAUGUAUUCAACUUUAUGUCAACUAAGUGAUCCAGUAUAGCUUGAUUAGAGCCUCCUGUGGAAAUGGUUCCCAGCGUGCUUCUAUGAUGGUAUUCAACAGUGUGUCCACGACCGGAGCAAUUAUAGCUUGAUUAGAGCUUCCUGUGGAAAUGGUUUCAAUUUAACAGACCUAUGCAAUUAGCAAAUGUUCAAUUGGUUUCCAGCUGUUGAUUUCAUGACAUGUGCAUGUUAUAUCUCGGUAAGAAUAGAGCUUCGAUUAAGCAGCUUUCUGCUGGACUGUUUUCCUUUUAUUAGUGUGGGACAAUUUGAAUUUCUGCUCAAUUGGUUCUCAGCUCUUAGUGGCAUGUUCAGUGUGUUUCUAGGACGCAGACAAGAUCUGCCGUAGACUUAUUGUUAGACUGGUUCCUCAAAAUAGCUGUGAAUUAACCCAUUGUGAAUAUAAUAAGUAUUCAAGACCUUCUUUAGAGAAGUUCAGAACCAUAUUAUGGAUAUAUCACAUGCAUUAACCAAUAUAAAGCAUUUUAUGAUGGAAUAAGACUUUGUUCCCUUGAAAUUUAUUACCAGCAAGAAACUUGUGACAAGAAAAAGUCACACAUUAGAAGUCAACUGUAAGCAUGAUAGAAUAGUAGUUAAUAGGGAUAAAGUUAGUAUGUUAUAACAAAGUUUUAGGCCAGGCAGUGAUUGGAGCAUAUGGCUGUUCCUAGUGUUGCUUGUAUAGUUCACUGUUACAUUGUUUACAAGUAGGAAUUGUGAUCAAUUCGGCCCAAUUAUUUACUUAUGUGAUUUUCAGCAUAAAAUCCGUCAGUUCAUUUUCUUGUGAUAAUAAUUGUUUACUGUGUUUUCACUUUCAUGAUGCAAUAGUCUGUGACAUUAAUAUUCAUGUUCACAAUUUAUAUUGUUUUGUUGAUGUUGUUGUUUUUUGCAAUAAUUUUUUUUUUUUACUCAGUAUGUGGAUAUAGGGCCAUAUAGGAAAUAUACAAUCAGACGCAAAGUGAAAAUGGCUAUGUGCAAACAGCAUAUAACCAGAACAGCCUGCGAGUAACUAGCAGUCUGUUCAGGUUUUAUGCUGUUUGCUGCUAAUCAGUAUUUUAUGGUUGGAAAUGAAGCCUUUAAAACUUGAAUCUAGUAAGUUAUGUCUUUAAUUAAAUUUAAUUUUCGAAGGGACUACAAAUGUGUCAAAAUACGUAUGUAAGUGGUAAAGGGUUAAAACUACCAAAAUUAAGUUUAAUCUUGUAACUUAAAGCAUCAAUGAACAUUUGAAUACAGUAAUACAAAUAUCUUUGUGACAAAUUAUUGAAUGUUUUGUGUAUUUACCUGUUAUGUAGGUUACCACAGAUAAGUCUUGCCUUGUGUUUUAGAUUUUAAUAGAAAUCUGUUGUUAUCAUUAAUCAUUAUACACAAAAUGUACUGCCCGAAUCAUGCAAUCCAAAGUCACAUUCCUUUGGUGUAUUUGUAUAUUUGGGUGGAUCUACUGAGAUUGUUACUCACAUUUAAUUGAGUUUAGUUAUAUGAGUCGUGUUCUGAGAAACAGGGCUUAAUGCAUGUGCGUAAAGUGUCGUCUCAGAUUAGCCUGUGAAGUUCGCACAGGCUAAUCAGGGACGACACAUUCCGCUUUUAAUGGUAUUUUUUGUUUAAAGGAAGUCCCUUUUUACCGAAAAUCUAGUAAAGCGGAAAGUGUAGUCCCUGAUUAGCCUGUGCGGACUGCACAGGCUAAUCUGGGAUGACACUUUACGCACAUGCAUUAUGCCCAGUUUUAUCACAACACGACACACGUGAUGUCGUGAAAUUUUAUUCCGUGCAUUGUUAUCUCAUGUGAUUAUCUGCAAAGUGCAUUAUAUACUGUGCUGCCUGUCAUUUCUUCCCUUUACUUGUUUGUAUUCUAGGAUGUUGUAGAAAGAAAUUGAUGUCUAGGCUUCUUUAAAAUAAUUUUACCAUAAAACUGUAAUAUGAAGGCACCAAUUUUGCAUUUAUGGUAGAAAAAUGGCAUGUUGUUAAUUUAUUUGUAAAUUAAUAUGUCUAUGUUCAUUAUUCACACAUUUAAAUGAAAUCAAUAUUUUAUUAGUGUUACUAUUAUUAUUAUCAUCAUCAAUCAUUACUCAAAUAAUACAUAAAAAUAUAUAAUUAUGAUUUAAUUAAUUAUUAUGAGAAUAAAGUAUUGCCAAAUCAUGUUCCCACAUUGGCAAAAUAGAACUCCGCCAUGCAUGGGUGAAAGUUUUCCGGGUUAAACCAGAAUUCCGGUUUUUGGAUGGCAGCAGAGGCGCUUUUUCCAAAUUGCGUAAAGUUACUCAAUAAAAACCACAUUAUCUACUGUGAAAUAAAUCAACAUGCACAGUAUUCAUGUUAAUGCUUGCAAAUUCAUUUGAUGUCAUUCUCUAACUUUUUUUUAUUGUUUUGAAGUUGAGUGGAUGAAUAUAACUCUAAGUAAGGCGCGAUUGGUCAUUGUCGGCUCGGGUAAUACUUAAAUGUACCCCGGGUACCUGGGAAUGUUUCACGCUAAAUCGGUCGUUGUUAGCUAUUUAUUUUUUAAAUUAAUUAUAUUUACAUGUAUGUCAAAUGUCUGUUAAAAUGCCUCUAUAUUAUCGAAACUCAUACUCCAAAAGCAUGUUGAUGCAGUAUUUAUUAAAGAGAAGUUUUUUUAUGAUUAACAAUAUUGUUUUAAUGUGAUCGGUAGCGCAUUUUGCAAUUGGAUUUUGGGCGGUAAUACAAUUCAGGUACAGUCUAAUAUCGACAGGGUGUGUGUAAGUUUAUUUACCGUAACCAGGGUACAUGUAAGUAUACUUAAGAGUACCCGGGGUACAUGUAAGUAGUACCCGAGCCGACAAUGACCAAUCGAGCCUAAGUAAGUGUUGAUUUAAAAAUAAAAGUAUUUCAUUUGUAUGGCAUUAAAGUGUUAACAUAAGAUCACAAAAUACCGGUAACCUGUAUUAUUUAUAGGAUUUUUUUAAGAUAAGAUGGAAUAAAAAAGACAGGGGAAAAGAUUGAAGAUUCAAAUAUAAAUAAAACCUUCAAACUUUUAAGAAGAAAUAUUAAAAUGUUUGUAUUGUUUCAUAGAAUAGAUAGGUAUAAACAUAUUUAUAAUGUUAAAUAGUUAUGUAUACUAUUUGUUACUAUUGUAUAUUUUGUAUGUAGGUUUUUAAAUGUACAACUCUAGUUAGCUUUGUUACUGUAUACGGUUUAUUUGCUUUAACCGGCAUGGAACACGUUUAUAUCUUUACCAAUAAAAUCUUUGAAUUAUG